AUGGGAAACCUGUUCAUCACAAUUGCGAAGCUUUCAUCUGCUAAGCCUCUUCCAAGCUCUUCUAGCCCCUCGAGUUCGGGCGGUAAGAAGAAGAAGAAGAAGAAGAAGAAGAAGAAGAAGAAGAAGAAGAAGAAGAAGAAGAAGAAGAAGAAGAAGAAGAAGAAGAAGAAGAAGGGUGAAAUCAGCUACACAACAACCGAGUGGUCCAAGGAGCUCAUCAGCGGCAUCAUCCCCAGGUUUACGACGUACAUGUUGCAGGGUCGCGACCUGCACAUCCACCUGCACAUCAGGUUCAGCAGAUAUCGCCAGACCCCCAUUGAUCCUAUCAUCGAAGGCAAGACCGCCAUGGCCAUUAACGCCUUCACUAGCAAGAGCCCUGCUGCUGCUGCUGCUGCUAAUGAGCCCUACCAGGACAUGGACAUCAAGAUGAUCGCCAACAUGAUGAACCGCAUGAUUGCAGGCAAGGAUGCAGAAUGGGACCAGUACUCUGGAUGGGACAGCGACACGAACAUGGACAACAAGGACGGGCGAUAA